AUGACCGUCAACGCCUUCCACUUCAGCUUUGUGUCGGUCACUCUCCUCGUCAGCCUCCUGCUCCUCCUCGCCGCCCGCCUCAUCACGCGAUACAGACGCCUAUCCCACAUCCCCGGCCCCUUCCUCGCCGCCCUCACGGACCUCUGGCGCUUCUACCACCAAAACCAACCCCAUGGCCUCCGCACCAAACUCCUCGCCCUCCACUCCAAACACGGCCCACUGGUCCGCUACGGCGUCAACUCCAUCUCCAUCUCCACGCCAUCCGCCAUCCCCCAAAUCUAUGGCUCCCGCGCCGGCUUCGUAACAGCAGACUCCUACAAAGUCCUCGUCGGCAUCUCCAACGGCCGCGAAGUCCCCAGCUUGGUCAGCACGGCCGAUGAAGCCAAACAUGGCGCCUUCCGUCGCUCUAUCGCGAGUACAUUCACUCCUGCGGGCGUCGCACCACUGGAAAGCCGCAUCGACACAACAAUCCGCGAGCUGCACUCCCACCUCGUCCGGCUCGCGAAGCAAAACCAGCCGAUCGACCUCGCGCACUGGACAAUGCUCUUCAGCAUGGACAGCGCUGCGCGUCAAGCCUUCUCCGAAUCUCGCGGCUACCUCUCCUCCGGACACGACACAGACGGCACCAUCGCACUGAUUCGCGCACGCUUCUACCACUGGGGCCGGUGGUCUUCAUGGCCGAGCCUUGAGCGCCUGAUCUACCGGAACCCGAUCUCCAUCCUUGCAAACCCGGCUUGCGCCACCCUCUUCCACCAUGUCUUCAACAACCAAACCCUCACACCAAGACGACCUCCUGCAAUCCUUCAUCUCCGCCUCCGCCGCGCACCCGAACCUCCUCGACAAAUCCGGCAUUAUCGGCUCCUCAUGUCCACCAUCUCAGGCGCCGGGGAUACCACUGCUACAACGCUGACCGCUAUCUUCUACUACCUGUACACGCAUCAUCCUGCGCUGGCUGCGCUGCGCGCUGAGCUGGAUGCGCAUACACAUACCACAAACGGUGGUACGUACGGAGGCGCAGGGCAAUUCCCCAGGCACAGUACGCUCAAAGACCUCCCCUACCUCGGCGCGGUAAUCAAGGAGGCAAUGAGACUGUUCUCUUCCGCCACAUGGCCCAUCGAGCGGUUGGUUCCGGAAGGCGACAUGUUCGUCGACGAUAUCCGCAUUCCUGCCGGCACAAGUGUUGGCGUCCUUCCUGCUGCCAUUCACCUUGAUACGCAUGUCUACGGCGCCGAUGCAGCAUACUUCCGACCUGAGCGCUGGCUCGAAGCAAACAAGGAGGAACUGAGGCAGAUGGAAGCAGCGCACAUGGGCUUCAGCCGUGGGCGUCGAGCCUGUCUCGGCAAAGAAGUUGCGCUGAUGCAGAUGAAGAUGGUUGUUGCUAUGGUCGUUGGGCAGUUUGAGCUUGAGAUUUCCGACCCUAACAACGCAGGGUUACAGGCAGAUUUCAGCGCGGCCGUCGCCUGCAUGCACCCGUUAUGGGUGCGUGUGAGGCUAAGGGGGAGCACACCGCAAUAUUAA